UUCUCUCGGGCCCGUGGCGCCGGCAAGAUGGGCAAGUGUCGUGGUCUCUGUACUUCCAGGAAGCUCUGCAGUCACUGGCGGGACCAGAAGUGGCAUGAUAAACAAUACAAGAAAGCCCACUUGGGCACAGCCCUGAAGGCCAAUCCUUUCAGAGUUGCCUCUAACCUUUCAGAAGUGCUGGAAAAAGUAGUGGUUGAGGCCAAACAGCCAAAUUUUGCUAUCCUGAAGUGUGUCAGGGUUCAGCUCAUCAAGAAAGGGAGGAAGAUCACAGCUUUCCUGCCCAAUGAUGGCUGCUUGAACUUCAUCGAGGAAAACGAUGAAGUUCUGGUUGCUGGGUUUGGUCGAAAAGGUCAUGCUGUAGGUGAUAUUCCUGGAGUGUGCUUUAAGGUUGUUAAAGUAGCCAACGUGUCCCUUUUGGCCCUGUACAAAAGCAAGAAGGAGAGACCAAGAUCCUAAAUUUUGACAGUGGAAACAGUAAUAAAU